AUAGCACGGCACUUCUACCGGACAAUGGUGUAUAAAUUUGAUUGAUUUCAAACAACAUAUCACAUAUAGCAUGAUGAACGAGAACGUUUCUAAAAUAUUACUAUAAAAGGAUGACUGCUGUUUCUGGUUUAAUGUUCCUCUUCCUUCUCUGGUGUCUGUUCUGUUUUGGUCAUCACUAUAUUCAUGCUGAUCAGAAACCUCGGACUGUCUCCUUGGGAAUAUUUUACAAGUAUCUAUGGUUCUUUGAAAUGUCGAUGCUUCAAAGUCUCCUGGAAGCCUUCAUCUCAGGAAUCGCUUUGAAACUUAGUGGUAAAUCCUUACAGAUAUUUUCAUUUGAUGGUAAAAUUUUAAUAAUGGUAACUUUGUUCCAUCUGGCGGGAACAAUCUGCUCAAAUGCAGCUAUUUUUAUUCACAGUGUGAGCAUUCAAAAUAUUUUCGCCUGUUUUGAGCCUAUCAUGGUGUACAUCUUAGUCUUUUUUCUUGACAACCAAGUGAAGAACACUAAAGCACUCCUUUUUAGCUUAACUCUUCUCAGUCUUUCUCCUUUUUUACUUGCCAUGCGCAGUGACAAUCUUUCAUUCACCAAACCAUCCAUCAUUCUAGGAAUUAUUUCACUAAUUACGCGACCUUUAAGGAAUAUCUACUUUAAAGCACUCAGCGAUGGCGAAGAACAAUUUGUACAAAAAUGCUUUUUGGUUUCCUGUAUAUCUUUUUUAAUUACCUUACCACUUGUUCUAGUAAAGUUAGCUUAUACUUGGAUUUUUCCUUCAUUAAAACUAGAAAUGGUUCUCCGAGAAACAUCGUUUCACUUUUUUAACAAUUCAAUUUCGUUGUUUUUUCUGGAGAAAUUUUCACCUUUGUUUCAAUCAUUUCUUGGGUCGCUCAUAAGAUAUUUUGUUGUAAUGAUAACGUUUAAUCUGUCAGAUCGUUGCUUUCUUUUUUCAAUUAUAACAAUUCCGCUUUUUCUUAUUGGUGUUAGUAUAUUUUUCAUGAAAUGGAACGAAAACUCGAAAAAGAACGAGAUUCAAAAAUAUUUAGUAAAAUACUCUGUUCUCGUUAAUGUCUUCUUCGGUGCUUACAUCAUUUUGGAUGGAAAAUGGAGGAUUUUUACAAACAAAACAGAAAAACUAUAUCCUCAAACUCAAUUUACUAACUUACUUCUCGGAAACAAUUCUCGACAUCUUCACCAACGAAAUGGAAAGCUUACCUUUCAUGCAAUAUUCACAACUUCCUCGCAAAGUUUUAUUAAAGUAAUGGACGAAAGAGGCGGCAAGUCAAAAGUGCAAGGAGAGUUCAAUUGGCGUCAUUGGCGUUGUGUGGAGUCUGUGUUUUAUCAUCAUCCCAACGCGACCAUGAUUAUCCAUAGUAAUACCCUGCAUUUGUCCAUACUUGAUGUCUUGAGAAAGAAAGGCUAUGAUGCACACGUACAACGUUACAAACUAUCAGAACUGGCACAAGGAACGUCAGCCGUAGAAUUCAUACGAGAUGAGCUACCUUACGCCAUGGAAGGACAAAAUUGGUAUAGCCAUGAAACGGACCUAAUCCGAUUGCUUCUGUUAUAUAAAUACGGCGGGAUUUAUAUCGAUACUGACGUCAUAAUAGUGAGAGACUGGCACGACCUACCCUCAAAUGUUAUUGGCUGGGAAAGCUCAAAGAAUCUGAAUGGAGCGAUUUUGAAAUUCGACAAACCAUAUCAUCCCUUUCUACAGAUGUGCAUUGAGCAAUUUUCGCGACACUAUUCCCAGGCCUGGGCAGAAAACGGUCCUUUGCUGUUGAGCCGCCUUUAUCGAAGAUGGUCAGCAGUAAACCGUAACAAUGACGUGAUGUUAGUAAACAGCAACGUGUUUUAUAUGUUUUUUUAUGGAACGAUUGCAAAAGAAUGCUUUGAACUGACUCGUGGGACUGUUUAUAAUGCAAAAAUGGAGAUAUUGGUGAAGAAUGCAUAUGCAGUGCAUUUGUAUUCUAAAAUGACGGGUGCCUUUGGCAUCAAAGGGGGGAAAAAAAUUAAGAGUGGGACAAUAUGUGAAUAUUUAUUAAGUAGAUUUUGUGUUUUAUGCCAUGAGAGUUACUGAUAGAGAAGAUGAAAUGAUACUUUGAUGUAUAAUAACAUAAUAUUACAUUUUUUGUCAAUCAAGA